GGCUUCUUCGUCCUCCUUCCUGAUCGAGCAACCACCACAAGCAAGCAAAAAGAACACCGAGCUCCUUCCUGGUGACCAUCAUGCCCGGCAGGCAUCAUCAUCAUCAGCAGCAGCAGCAGCUGGCGGCGGUGGCGCCCAAGGGGUGCGUGACGGUGCGCGUGGGCCUGGAGGGCGAGGAGCAGCGCCGGUUCGCGGUCCCGCUGGGCCACCUCAAGCACCCGCUCUUCGGCGCGCUGCUGGAGGAGGCCGAGCGCGAGUACGGCUUCCGGCACCAGGGCGCCCUCGCCAUCCCCUGCCGCGUCGACCGCUUCGUCCAGGUGGAGCACCUCAUCGGCCAGGACCUCCGCGGGACCAGCUGCGCCCAGCACCUCGUGGACCUCGACGGCGCCCUGGCAAGCGGCGGCGGAGCGCACCACCACCACCAGCACCACCACCUGCACCUGCCGCGCUUCGUUGGCUGCUUCCGCGCCUGAUCGACGGCGGGCCGCGCGUCGAGCGAGGUGGUUGCUUGCUUUGGUUGAUUAACUAGCACUUUGGUUUGGCUCGUCGUCCUUUUCCCCCGAAUUUUUUGUAUUUUAGCCCUUAAACAGAAGUAAAAUCACAUUUAGACCUAAAAAAAUUUUAAAUGCAGUUUUGCACCCUUUGCUCGGCGCCAUAGGCUAUGGCGCCGAGCUAACACAGCUCGGCGCCAUAGGCUAUGGCGCCGAGGUCGUGUUGCGUUGGCACACCCCAGACGCGUGGCGUCGACGUGGAACCGAGCUCGGCGCCACAGAUCUUGGCGCCGAGCUCGGUUGUGUUAUUAAAAUAUUUGUUGCAGACAUUAGCACAAAGCCCAUCUAGCCCACUUGGUAGAGCACAAGGUUUCUAACCAUGUGGUCAUGGGUUCAAGCCCCAUAGUUUGCAUUUUUUUUGUUUUUUUUUGUUUAUGUCGUUGGUGUGUCCGCUUAAAUUUAUUUCUCGCCUAGAUUUUUUUUUAUCUUUGUUUUGUCACUGAAGUCAGUUCAGCUUAUAUAAUUUACCUAUACUUACACUGAAGUUGCCACAGACCUAUUCUUGAUCUCAACCUGGGGGUACAUCUAAUGUAGUAUCCAAAAAAUUUAACACGCACUUUACAGAUAAUUGAUGGCGGUGUAGAACUUCUGGAGUUAAAACAAAGAGAAUGGGAUUUGCGCGCUGACUUGCAAGCAUCGGCUAUUCUUUAGCCUCCAGCAAAUGAUUCAUGACGAGGCGGAGGCUCCUUAGCUGCUUCCAGAUUUGAGCGUGUUACUGAGCCUGCAAUAAUAGCCAACCAUAAGUUGCUUCCUCCAAUAAUGUCUCCAGCUCUCUCAUCACGUAAAUGCAAAAGGCGUGUUUUUUUUGUAAUUAAUACAUAGAACUGCAUCUUGAUCGACGGACAGUACAUCCACUACUUGAUAAUGUAUGAAGAACUAUUUUAACUGAUGAUACGAAUGGUUUAUUAAAGAC